GUGUGUGUGUGUGUGUGUGUGUGUGUGUGUGUGUGUGUGCCGGCUCGGUGCAGACAGAGGUUGUAAACAUGGCGGCGGACGGGAUGGUGCUCACCAACCACGACCAUCAGACCCGAGUGGGGAUUCUGACGGGUAAGGACACCAGUUGAUGAAUUGCUCUAAAACAUCUUCUCUGUGUUGCGCCUCUGUGGCUUUCGUCGUCGGUAGCUCGUGCACGUCGCUGUCACGAUACGAACCGUCCCCGCUGCUGUUAGCCUCUAUGCUAAGCUAACCGGUUCCGUUGACUGUCAUUGCUCCAGCGUUAGCAGCCUGACAGGUCGGGCAGAUGUGGAAUUUGCUUCAAAACGACAACAUCUUUGGUUAUGUACACACUUUGGUUACAGUAAUAUUUAUUUAUGGAGACUGACUGUCAUAUUUGGUACUGUAAUUGGUAAAAUUCGACGGUGGAACCAGAUAUUUUAAUCAGUGUCAGGGUAAGCGGGAUGAAAAGGAACAUCCGGCAAAAGCUUUCACAAUAAGAGGAACACUGUAGUUACCUCAAGUCAUUCUUCCUCAUCUAUAUGUAUUUUCAAAGUUAAUUCACCACUUUCAGUUUGCAAUUUCUUAGCUUUACACAUUUAUGAUUCAGCGGCUUUGGUUGAAAAAAAAAAUAUAUAUAUAUAUAAAAUAUAUAUAUAUAUAUAUUUUUUUUUUUAAUCUUCGACCAGUGAUUUUUUAGACUUACACUGGCUGAGGUCAAGUCAUUUCCCGGUGUGGUUCUCAUGUUGAUAGAGAACUUUUGAAUUAAUCAGUCAGUAUUCUAAGAAAGGCUUAAUCAUUAAUGUUAAUUUUAUCUUAACCACAAUGUAAACAUCCGCAAUAGAUGGAUUACAAUGCUUUAAUUUGUUGUAAAAUUAGAAUAAUGAUCAUAUGUUGACAAAUUAUACUUUUUUUCAAUCCAGUAUCUCUACUCGCCCACUGUAAGGUAAAACCUAAUUUUUUUAGGCAUUCUGCAAGCUAUAUAAUUCACACUGACAUGUAUGAGCAGCCUUACAUCACUUGAGUAUGCAAGGAACAUCUACACAAUGUAAAGAAACAAAAGAUGCUACAUAAAUAUUCAGUAACUUCCCAGCGUGCGUCAAUGUAGAGUCACCUAAAUCUCUUAACACACCGAUUGCCUCCUUAUACUACAAUGAUUAGUUUGGUAUGAUAUGGUGACCCACCACCAGUGCCCAAAGAUAAUGAUAAGGGACUUUUUCUUUUACUUUCACCAUAGUUCGUGCAAAAGGUUGUAACAAAAUAUGUUUCCACCAAAUCCAAAACCAUUUCAAAGAGCUCUUUUUCAGCACUAAAACUGGCAGUUUGUCCUGGUCAACUGAUUGCCUAAGCUUCAUGUGACUGCUUCAAAGUGGCAUUGAAGCAUGAUAUUUAUACCUGGGCUCCCCAUAAGCAAAAUGUUGCUGACUGAGAAAGCACCACUUGUUUUGUACCUUAACAAAUUCACUGUGAUGGAGUUAGACUCUAACUCAGAAUGUGUAUAUUGGGAUUGUAUGUAUUUAAUUGAUAAAACUAUAAUUGUAUUUACAGCACUCAUGGGUAUAACAGGCAUGCAGAUGAUGCUUUAGACUUGUAUCAGUCUUUUUUUUAGAUGAAUCGGAGUCAGUGAGGUGGUAAAAUAAUGCUGUUUGGUGAUUAUCUUGAAUUUAGGAGAAAUGUGUUGCAAACAAGUGAUUUACUUAACAUGGAGAGUCGUGUAAAAACAGUACUUUUUUAUAACAUUAAAUGAUGUUAUUCUACAUAUUUUUCUGGUGAGUUCAUGCUAUAUCGAGACUGUAAUUCGAAUAGGCGCCCUUAUUUUGAAAGUAAAAAAACAAGUUUCCGGUGUGGUUGUGGGUUUUUGUUUCGAGCUUCGCGUUGAAUUUUCUCUCAGUGUUGCGUUACUGAGCCUACAUCAGCUGCAUUAUUCAUGUCCCUUUGCAGAUCCGAUAUGUUGGCUGCUUCAGGAGAUGCUUUACAUUAACAUUUCUCAUAUUAAUGAUUUUGCAGUCAUUCUGUUUGCACUAAAUGUUCAUUUUUAAUACAGCAGUGGGUCUGUAUAAAUAAUAAAUCGUGCGUUUUGUAGCCAAUUAAAGCUGGUUACUCUGUAAGGCUUAGCGUCAAAGCGAUAUUAAUUCAGUUGUGUAGGUCUGUUUUAGCAGCUUUCCUCAUUAGCUUGGUUGAUCCUCGCCUGUGAGUCGUGCAGAUGACUGGGGCCAGUAUACAGCCGUGUGACAGUCACCAGUAGCUCGGCUGCCUCCUUUUCAGGGCAGGGGAAGACGUGAGAAUAAUGCUAAGAGGAUGGGAGCCAGCUGCUACUGGGGAGUCUGUCGUGGUUUUGAUGAGUUAGCACCUCGGCUAACAGCAGCUAACCCUGCUGUCCAUCCAGCUGACAACCACGACCUCCUGUCAGAUGUAUUUGCACGCUUAUAAACCCUUCAUACCCAUUGUGGCCAGGGUUAGAGCCACGCUGAUUUGACUGGGAUUGUCCACUGAGACACUAACCUAUGCAGGCCUUAAGCUUUUUUAUUUACCUUGGCUGUUCAUUUGACCAUUAUGCCUUUAUUAAACAAAUCUACCAACAUUUAUGUAUCUGAAAAAUGUUAUACAUAUGUGUACAGGGGAGCUGCACAAGGGGGGAAGUAGGGAUGAAUUUAAGGGCCUACAGCUGACAGGGGCCCAAUACUAUAAGAUAUAUGUGGAUAAUAUAUUAUAUUUAAAAGCAGCACAGUUAAGUGGCAAAAGAUUAAUUGUCCAAGUUUAAUUUUUAAGUGGUCUGGAAAAAUGCUGGACUAAAGUAGAACAUAGAUGAAGUACCAGUAAAAGUCAGAUGGUAUUGAUACCUGUUUUUAUUCUGCAUAAAACAAAAAAACAGGGUAUUUGAUCUCCUGUUAUACCUGAUUUUCAGCCUGCAAAUAGUGCUGGUACAUAAUUGGACAGACCAACAUAGAAACACAAAUCAAAUAGGGUUUGUCACAGUUUAAGUUCAAACAAAGGAAACAACCAAAAAUGCAGAUUUAACUGAAGUAUUUGUUAAUGAAAUUAUCAAAAAAGCAAAUAACAAUCAAAUCAACAAAGAAUUUAAUAUGGAAAAAAUAGAAAAAAAAACAAAACACAAAUACUCUGUAAUCUGGAUGAGGUGUUUCGUGGUGUGUGUCUGUAGAGCCCACACUGUCGGUAUUUUUCAACCAGGGGUGUAGUGGGCGGGGGAUACAGGGUACGCCGUCCACCCACAUUUUUCAGCAUGUUUCAAAAAGAUGAAAUAAAAAAUGAUAAAUAACAAACUGCCAAUUUUAAUGUGAAAACUGGUGACACUGGCACCAAAUCACAGAUUGUACUUCACAGCCUGUCUGACCCCUCUGUACAUGCUUCUACAGCUGUUUUUCCAGCUAACAAUCACAACCUCCUGUCAGGUUAUUCCACUUUGAUAACACAUUAUCACCAGAGUGGUGUGUGUAAGUGUGUGAUUGAUCUUGUUUUACAUAUCUUGUAUGAGGAGGACAUUUUUAUUGGAGAUUAGGCCAUGCAUGAUGUUUUAGAGAGUGAAGCACAGAAAGCUGUAAAUACUAAAUAAUACUGAAAAUGGAAUCAGCAGAUCUGUAGGUUCUUCUGGAUAAAGAAUCACACCCUGAUAGGGUACAUUAUGAGAAUUAGGUUUUAAUUUUAAACAUCUGUUUGCCUGGUUGUUACCGGUUAGUCAGAGCUAGAUUAAAGUUACACACUGUUCUUGAUCUGAUGUCGUUUUGAUGCCCACUGGUCUACCAAAUAUAUAUUUAAAUUAAUCCUAAAAUAGUUUCCAGCAAAUCUACUUUUCCUCCUGCCAAAGAGGGAUUUGUGAAAAAGCACAGCGCCCAGCUGGUUCCAAAUGUAAAAUAUAUGCAGUUUGACCAAGCUGCGUUACCUCUCUGGGACAAUUCAUUAUAUUUUGUGUCAUUUUUAAAAAGUGAGAAAUCAAGGUAAGCACAAAUUAGCCUCUGUGAUCUGCUGUUUUUCCAAUGAUAAUAAAGCAAUAUUAAAAAGUCACCACAGCACAACAGCAUCUGCUCUGUAGAAAAAAUACAAUCUUCAAUAAUCUUCAAUCUUACUUUAAUUCUGCGGCAAAGGCUGGACUGCGUUUAACCAUUUGCGUGCACAAAGAAAAUAAGUCUGCUUUUUUUGGUUGGUGCAAAAACUGUGCAUGCCUUUUGUGAAUCAGACACUCACUGUUAAAAAUACUAGAUCCACAACCAACACAUUUUUCACGUGUAUUAUCAGUGUCAUACCAGAUGUAAAUAAAUGUACAUCUGGAGGACUAUAGUAAGAAAUCAGGGAUUGGGUAAAUGAGAGAAGUCAUUCAGGUUUGGUUUUAAUCCUCCAAGUAAUUAAAGUGAUUGGAUAUUGUAUUAUAUCAGUAUGUAAGACUUGUAAGUCCAGUGUUGUAGACAUCUUACUUGUUCAUUAUUUGUGGUUUUACCAGGUAAGAGAGGCUUUCAAAAACAACUUUCACCUCUGUACUUGAGUUGACAGUCAGGAUGAUCUCUAAAUGUUUGUGCCCUUGAACCCAGUGUACUGGACUUGAAAGAUAAGCUGUGUUUUCAUGUCUCCAUGCCAGAGCACACAAUGAAUUAUCCUUUUGGGUUAGUGAUAUUUGGGGAAGAAACAUUUAAACAGUUAAGGAUCAACAUCACUCAUUCAUCUUUAAAUCAAACAUGUCUGCCAGCAGCUGGUCUGCUGAGCCUUCGAGGAAAAGGUGAGAGACAGGCUUAUUGUUUCAUAUUUUCUGACCAGACAUUAAAGUGAUAUCAUUAUUUUCCUCCACUCAGGGCAAUGAAUCGAGUAGCUGAUAUUGCUGCUGUUAGAUGGCUACAAGGGCUCUAUAGUAACUCUUUGUAUUAAAGGGGAAAUCUUGUGUUUCAAGACCUAGUCAAUAUUUUUUUUUACAUAGUUUGGGAGUUUGAGAUGGAAAAAAAAUAUAAAAAGUAGUCUAAUUGCUCCAAUUGAUAACUUCAUCAGCAGAAAUAAAGGAUCAGAAAUUUAGAUUGUGUCUGAGGUGUUCUGUCUCUCUAUAGUCAGUGACAGCUGCUACAGGAACCUUGCUGAGGACAGGAGUGGGGUCAACCUGAAGGACCUGGUCCAUGAUCCCUCUCUGUGAGUAUACACUGUCACUAAACACACACUGACACACCGUAUGUUUGAAUUGGAUAAUUCUUUAGGGGUAUUUCAGUGUUUUCUCUGGAAUGAGGUGGAUGAGUUACAUGCCUCUCGUGAGUGAACUAGCCUCGAUGGAUGCUGGUCAGUUUGACCAUAAGCAGAACAUAAGUUAUGUUAUUACAACCUCACUUAAAAAUACAGAACUAUCCCUUUAAAUCACAGGUGUCAAACUCAAGGCCCAGGGGCCAAAUCUGGUCCGUGGAACUAUUAUAUCUGGCCCACAAGAUCAUAUCAUAUUUGUCUUAUUAUUGGCCCACCAGUAUGAAGUCUUCAGAUUUCCUCCAGUAUAAUAAUGUAAACUUUAGCACCAUUGUUUAAAAUGUCCUUAAUAAGCCAUGAAAAUCUGGGAAAUUAAAGAGUAAGGAAGAUUUGAUAAAUAGUCAAGAAUGUGGGGAAAAAAAAAAUUUGGUGUUUCAUUUCAUGUUUUCACGUUUGCAUUUCAAGAGUCGAACAUGAUUGGAUUUUUUAUUUCAUGCUUUGAUUUUGUUCAACUCAGUAUUUAGACUUGUGUCAUUUUAAUACUUAAGAUUCUAAUGUUAAAUUUUAAGUCAUAUUUUGAGCUUUUAAACCUGAUUUUAACGUUCUUCUCAUAUAUUUGCUUUUUAAAUGCAUUAUUUUUCUAUUUAUAAUAUCAUGCUCUGAUCUUUUGAACUAAUAGAUAAAAAUUGAAUAAAAUUUUUUUUUUUUUUCUAUCUCAGAUUGCCUUUAAACUUAUCUUUUUCUUUUUUAAAUUUCCAAAUGAUUUAUAAUCAUUGCUAUUUUUGUUACAUAUUUUUUGAAAAGGAGGUUGACAGUUUUGGUAAAAUGUUGACCCUGUUUGGCCCUCAGGUUAGACCUAAAUCCAGAUUAUGGCCCUUGCUGUAGUUAAGUUUGACAUCCCUGCUUUGAAUUGUGUGUUUUCAUCCCAUUGUACUGUGUACUUAAACUGGACAUCUUUUGAGUAACAUAAUCAACUAUCUUCAAGCUGCUGUGCGGAACUUUGGGUUUGUGUUGGUUUUGGCGCCUCCCGUGGACAAAGUGAUAACUCUUAUUUCAUAUCCUGUACACGAGGAAGUAGUGCUUUCAGACCAAAACCUCAUCUCGUUGUCUUUCAGUGACUUUUGAAAGAUCAGUAUUUGUUUUUCCUCUGACAUUAUUCUGAUUUGUAGAUUCUUAGAUCAGUACUUGCUAAUUUCAACUUCUCACUUCUACCUGUCUUUAUUUUUGUUGCCUCCUGCAGGCUGGGAGGAGUCAUCACAGCCUAUAAGAUUGUCCCAGAUGAGCUUGAUGACAUUAAGGUACGUGUCCUCUUCUGGGGAUGGGGGGGUCACUUGCAGUCUGUCGCCUCUCUCACAUAUGAACUCCUGGCAUUUUACAGAUAACUUAAGGACAUUCAAGCCUUGGUAUUUUCAGAAACUAUCCUUAAACACUUGCAUAUUCCUCAGAGUGGAAGAUUAUCUGUGGACUCACUCUUACAACUCAAAAUACUCUGUUUGGUGUAGGUGGAGGAGGGGUAGCUUGAGCUGGAGCGGAUGGUGGAGUAUUCAAUGAUGGUGGCUGUAUGUGGGUUAUUAGAUCUGCAUGUGUGAGGAUGUUUCUGCAGCAUAAAAACAUCAGUGGAAACAGUACGCAAGCAACUGAGUAUAGAGCAGAGAAACUAUGCUUGACCUGAAUGUCAUCACUUUGUGCACUUGCUGUGUGUGAAUGUUUCAGAUUAUUUAUCACCUUCUGCACAAACACAUUGGGCACUAUUUUCAUGUAAGCCGAUGAGGCGGCGGAGGGAAGCGGACCCCGCGCAGUUGUAUUUUCGUCUGGCGGAGCCCGGCGUACAGCCAGUUUGGUAUUUUCGUGGACUGAAGCGCACCGAGAUCCGCCAAGCUGGGCGUGGUGGCGUCGCUGAUUCAAACCUGGUCAGCUUUCAGCGCAGGCGGAGCGCAGCUGGUCUAGUGGUAUUUUGGUAGACCGGUGGCGUAUCGGCAUACGUCACUGAUGCCUCACCGGCAGGUUUCCACAGUGUCAGGCACAUUUCAGUGCAAUAAAUAAUCAACAACAACUAAUAAUCUGAGUCAGCACAUACAUUUAGAUCUAUAUAGAUAUAUUCUGAUCUAUAUCUUAUCUGAUGAGCGCGUUUGGCACGCGUUUGGACACUCAACGUGAAACCGCAUUAAAUUAAAUUAAAUAACUAGUAAAUAAACACACAUGAUGAAGUUAACAAGAUAUUUAAUUUGUCUCCCUCCUUUUCUUUCUUCCUCUUCCUCUUAUUUCUGGCACAGCUCGACCUGGACAUGUCUUCGUGUCCUCUCCCAUCCUGCUGCAGCUGAACAGAUGAUUUGUUUUAGUGAUCAGAUGAGUUAUUUAUUUUAAGCCUACAUACGAAUAUUAUAAUAUUUAGUUUUGUGAGCCAAAUUUAUUUUAUAUGCCAACAUCUAUGAAAGAAAGAGCCAGGCCAUGGAGCGUGAUCCGUCAUUACGCACAGAUGGUUCAGAUUUUAAUGCCAUUAUUGGAGUUUAUGUUGUGACCUAUGUGCACAACCCACCUUUGUCACAUGAGGUUUGAAUAUUGUGGAAAAGGGUGUUUGUCUUACUAGUGGGUCCAACAUUACACACACCAAAUCCGUCUGUGCUCAUAUGAGAGGGUAAAGGACACCCUCUGCAGCGUUUACAGUGACACCUGUUGAGGAGCUGCCUUCUUUCGCCAUCGUGUGGCAUUACUGUCUUCAGACAUCUCUUGAUCUCUUUGACUACUUCACGAAAAUAGUAAUACGCCUCGCCGGUGGCGGAUUUAAAGGCGAGGAAAGGAGCUGAUGUUAUUGGUCAAUACAGGUCUCGGCUGUGUUAAACCCACUCCACGCCCUCUCUCCUCCCUCGCUACAAGUUACGCCGCUGGGAGGAGCUGAGUUAGGGAGGGGGAAUACUUACGUUGGGCUGCGCCGCUCACCAAAAUCCCACUGAUAUCAUUGCUUGAUUGAAUGUUUUCUGAUCUAUGUUGGUAAAUAAUUGUUUUAUACUAAAUUCUUAAAACUCUUCAAAGAGCAGCCUGUUGAGAGAGUUUGCCAAGUAAUAUUUGCAGCACAUGCUCCUGGUUAUAAAGAUCAAUUCUGUUCUCCCAUUGAGCAGCAACCGUGAUUUAAUCUUUGAUAAAUGGUUAAUAAUGAUGAAAUCAGUGCUUAAUGUCUAAGAUCUGAUAUUAGACAGUUUACAUUCAGUUAAAACACAGUUACACCAUUAACAUCUGGAAAAUACAAUGUUGUUUAGGUAUUUUAAGGAAGAGAGAAAUGAUUAUAAAUGAUAUUAUAAAUAAAUUAUAAAAAAAUUAUAACAGUAUUUCUCCAAACUACUUUUCCAGCAGUAUUUAAUAAUAGUCAGUGCAAAAAGGGGUAUCUAAAUUAUCUAACAAAAACUUACCUAUGGCUGUAUUUGCAGUGUCUUAUCCGUCAAGUCAAUAAAGCUGCAUUCACAAGUCUGAAAUUCCAGUGAGCAUCUGCCAGUUAUCCACAAAGCAAGGUACAUUUCCUCACUUCAGUCCUUUGAAGAGGUACUGAAGAGCACUGUGGACUUAAAAGUGAGCAACAGGGGGGGCAGCAAAUUUGCUGUCUGUAGGAAGCUGGAGCUACUUAAUGCAGCUGUCCUAUAUGACCACCGUACUCCUGUUACACAUGUGUUACUCAUGUAGUUACCUCUGCAUGUUUGUAUGUAAACAGGACACCCUGUUGGAGUGGUGUGAUGAUCUGGAGCUGAAUCUCAUUCUCACAACUGGAGGAACUGGCUUUGCACCCCGAGAUGUAACACCUGAGGUACAGACACACAGAGACACUGACAUGCUAAAAAAGAAAUGAAUGAUAAAUAAUUACUGUGGUAAUAACAACAAGAAUAAAGAUAAGAAGAAGUUUAUUUAUCCCAGAAGGGAAAUUCAAUUGCCCUCUUUUAAGAAAUUCACUGGAGAGCUAUGUUUAAUACACUCCUGAUCAAAAUCUUAAGACCAGUUAAAAAAUUGCAAGAAUUUAUACUUAGCACUGUUGAACCUUAAGACGGUUCUUAGUAGAGCUUCAAAAUGCAAAAAGAAGAAAUGGGAACAAGAGACCAAAAGUUUUGAGCAGGCAAUUUAUUGAAAACAACAAUUUAACUGAAAUAGGCUGUUCAUCAGCUGAUCAAAAGUUUAAGACCACAGCCUUUAAAAGCCCAAAUCUGUGCAAAAAUGUGGAUUCCAUGUCAUUUCUUGUCAAGCAGUCACACUGUCAACAUCUCUUGAUGGCAAAGGCAAAAAAGCUCACUGCCUUUGAACGUGGUAGGAUUGUUGAGCUGCAUAAACAAGGCCUCUCACAACAUGCCAUCACUGCUGAGGUUGGUCACAGUAAGACGGUCAUUUUUCAUUUCUUAAAAGAUCUGGAGGGUUAUGGAACAAAAAAUCAAGUGGUAGACCUCAAAAAAUAUCAUCAGCCUUGAGCCGGAGGAUCAGAACGUGUGUUCGUCAAGAUGCAGGACGAUCCUUAUCCCAAAUUAAGGCCAUUACAGGUGCUGACUGCAGCCCAAUAACAAUCAGAUGACAUCUGCAAAGGAAGGGCUUCAAAAAAAAAAAAAACGUCUUCAAAGGCCACGUCUCCUUCAACGCCACAAAAUUGCCUGUUUGAACUUUGCAAGGGAGCACCAAACAUGGGACAUUCAAAGGUGGAAGAAAGUUUUAUUCUCUGAUGAGAAAAAAUUUAACCUUGAUGGUCCUGGUGGCUUCAAACGCUACUGGCAUGACAAGGAGAUGCCACCUGAGAUGUUUUCAACGCAGCACAUUGCAGGGGGCACCAUCAUGACCUGGGGUGCUUUCUCCUUUAAUGGAACAAUGGAGUUCCAGGUUGCGCAGGGGCGUCAAACAGCAGCUGGCUAUGUGGAGAUGUUGCAGCGGGCAUCCCUCAUGACUGAGGACCCUCGUCUGUGUGGUAUUGACUGGGUUUUUCAGCAGGACAACGCUACAAUUCACAAUGCCCGUCUGACCAAGAAUUUUUCCAGGAGAAUAGCAUCACUCCAGAGAACAUUUGGGUGUGGAUGGCAAGGGAGAUUUAUAAAAAUGGACAUCAGUUCUAGACAGUGGAUACACUUCGUGAAGCCAUCUUCACCACUUGGAGCAACAUUCCCACUAGCCUUUUGGAAACACUUGCAUCAAGCAUGUCAAAAUGAAUUUUUGAAGUAAUCAACAAUAAUGGUGGAGCUACUUAUUACUGAAUCGGUUUUUGACACUUAUUUCUGUUUUAGGAGGUGUUUAGGUUUUUUUAAGCUGUGGUCUUAAAAUUUUGAUCAGCUGAUGAACAGCCUAUUUCAGUUAAAUUGUUGUUUUCAAUAAAUUGCCUGCUCAAAACUUUUGGUCUCUUGUUCCCAUUUCUACUUUUUGCAUUUUGAAGCUCUACUAAGAACCAUCUUAAGGUCCAACAGUGGUAAAUGUAAAUUUUUGCAAUUUUUUAACUGAUCUUAAGAUUUGAUCAGGAGUGUAUGUAAUCAGUAACUAACUGAACCUGGUGUUUGUUGUUUUAGGCCACCAGGGAGGUGAUAGAGCGGGAGGCUCCGGGUAUGGCUCUGGCCAUGCUGAUGGGAUCACUCAACGUUACACCUCUCGGCAUGCUGUCCAGGUAAGGAUUAAACGUUUCCACUCCUCAGUCAUAUAUGCUGUCUGCAGCAGGAGGUGCAGCACUACAGUAAUCUCUUAAUCAGUUUUGUUCUAACCAGAUUAUGGAGUGUAGUAUCCUCUCCUGCUCUAAUCUGUUUUUAUACUGAAUUAUCUCCAUCCAGGCCCGUGUGUGGUAUUCGUGGAAAAACUCUGAUCAUCAACCUGCCAGGGAGCAAGAAGGGCUCUCAGGUAGGACUCUGAAUUCAGUCAAUCCUGCUUCAGUGGUGUGUAUUCUUACACAUUUGAUCCUACUGUACACUAAACUACUUUGACAGUACUCUAAAAAAGAGAGAGUCUUAACAGGAUUACUAUUUACUUGACUGCAGCUUGAUCCUGUUGAGUUGUAUAAAUUUGUAGUCAUGUGUCUGCUAAGGUUUACUACUUUAUAUGUUCAUUACAAUUCUGAUGAUUUUGGCUCAUUGCUCAGGAAAAUCUGAAACCCCUUUUCUCAAAAUAACAAAAAUAUGAAAAAGGAAAAGAUUUAAAGUACAGAAAUGUCAAAGUAUGAAAAGUAAGUUAUUAUUUUACUUGAGACUUGGUUGGGGUUCCUGUCUUGAAGCUUUCUCCUGUUGUGUGAAUUUAACGAGAUAAACAGAAAAAAGAAUUAGAUGCAGUAUUCAUUACGGUUUGAGUUUUUGCAACUCAAAGUUUAGGACUUUGACUUGACUUAGGGAUUGGAAAAUUUCUGGUUUGUCCUAACCAAGUCUGAAUCUACCUUUGCAACAUUCACUAAACAUUCACUAAAUAGCCCAAAAAGUAUGAAAAGUUAAGAAGUCAGCCCAAUGAACUGGCACAUUGCAGGAGUUUUUUGUAUAAUUCUAUGACUUUUGUCUUUUAAAUGAUUCAUUUGAAUUUGAUACCAUUCAUUAGAUCACACAGCAACACUAAAAAGAAAGAUUAAUGGUGACAGUAGUAGACCUGCAGCACCUGUGUGCAAGGUGAGUACUGAACAAUCAGGGGUGUUCCAAAACAGCCAAAUUCCCAACUAUUGAAAUGGAAAUAUGAAUUCUCUCUAACCAGCUGGUACAAGGGGAAUAUAAGACUCAGAAAACAGUCCAAAUUGAGCACUUUUUAUUUAGUGCAACUGAACAAGGAAUCAGCAACUGCAAGUAAAUGGUUUCUAAUUGGUUUGCUGGAUGUGGCUAACAUUAGCAGAGUAAGCACCACCAGUCUUUGGUCCUCCUUGCAGGUUCACAUACCCGAGUUCACUCCAGUCAGGUAUUUAUGUGUCAGUUUAACCAGACACACACUGCAAACAACUUUAUUUUCAUUUCCAAGAUCAAAAUACGAUUAACUGCCGCCCUACCUGACCCUAUCUGUCACCUGUGCAUUUUAGGCCAAUUCAGUUAACCCAGAGCACAGAAUCUUUCUCUUAACAAAAACACUAAUGCAAGAUUGAUCCUGUCUGUGAAGGCUUUGACACUGACAGUUACAAUUGAAACAAGUACUUUGGUAAACAUACUUUGAUCAAAGGCAUCUGUAACCCAGACUAGGUUUCUGAGCUUGUUUGCCCAGGAGCGCAUCUGUGUCCCACCAUCAGGUGGUGCAUGCCAUGCAAGAAAGGCUCUCCGCCGUUACUUACCAUCUUUGGUUGGAGAAGUUUCCUUAAGAGCGGCUCUCAACUAUUAUUUACUCUCUUCGGUUGGAGAUGCUAACCUGAGAGCACACAAUUGCUUACUGAGGACUCCUGGGUGAAACCCUGUGUAAAGGUGGAAGUUAAACAAGGUGCAUCUGUCACAGGCUUUAGCUCCGAUUGUUUUUUUUUUUGGAUUGUUUGGGGUCUGAACUUGUUUAGUGGUGAGCCAGUUUGGAAGUGGACUGUGGAGGAACCAACGUUGCGGGUUGGCCAGCUGCAGGAUCCAUCUGCAGGAGAGAUUAACACACACAGAUAGGGUUGACAAUCAAAAAAAAUCUACACAGGUAGUUGAACACAGACAUCAUAAGAACAUGUACACAAGAGACCUUAGGGUCUAUUCUUGUGCCUCGCCGGCCGCGUGGCACAGGCGCGGUUUAAGUCAGGCCCGCCGUGCCGACAAGGCAUGUCCAAGCACAUUUUGGUAUUUUGGUAAGCGGUGCAGCCCGGUGUAAGUAUCCUUCCUCCCUAACUCAGCUCCUCCAAGCGGCGUAAGUUGUAGCAAGGGAGGAGAGAAGGCUUGGAGUGGGUUUAACACAGCCGAGACCUGUAUUGACCAAUAACAUCAACUCCUCUCCUCACCUUUAAAUCCGCUAACGGCGAGGCGUAUUACAAUUUUUGUGACGUAGUCGAAGACAGUAAUGCCACACGAUGGUGACAGAAGGCAGCUCCUUAACAAGUGUCAUUGUAAGCACUGCAGAGGGCGUCCUCCACACUCUCUCAUAUAAGCACAGAUGGAUUUGGUGUGUGUUCCAUUGUACCCACUGGUAAGACAAACAUCCUUUUCCACAAAAAAGACACUCACAUAAAGCUGCAUCUAUUAAAACCAUACGUGACAAAGGUGAGUUGUUCACAACACAAAUUCCAAUAAUGGCAUUAAAAUCGGAACUCUCUGUGCGUAAAGGACGCAUCACGCUCUGUGGCUUGGCUCUCUCUUUUAUUGAUGUUGGCAUAUAAAAUAAAUUUGGCUCACGCAACGGAAUAUCAUAAUAUCCGUAUGUAGGCUUCAGUAAAUAACUCAUCUGAUCACUAAAAUAAAUCAUCUAUUCAGCUGCCGCAGCAGCAGGAUGGAAAGAGGACAUGGAAACAUGUCCAGGUCGACCUGCGCGAGAAAUAAGAGGAAGAGGAAGAUAGAAAUAGGGACAAAGGGACAAUAGAGACAAACUAAAUAUCUUGUUAUUGUCUUGUCUAUUUACUAGAUAUUUAAUUUAAUGCGGUUUCAGCUGUGUCAAUUCGAUCAGGUUGAGUGUCCAAACGCAUGCCAAAUGCACUCAUCAGAUAAGAUAUAGAUCUGGAUAUAUCAAUAUAGAUCUAAAUGUAUGUGCUGACUCAGAUUAUUAGUUGUUGUUGAUUAUUUAUUGCACUGAAAUGUGUUUGACACUGUGGAAACCUGCCAGUGAUGCAUCAGUGACGUAUGCACACUACGCCGCCGGUCUUCCAAAAUACUACUAGACCAGCUGCACUCCACCUGCGCUAAAAGGUGACUAGGUUUGAAUCGGCGAGCUUUCAGGGCACUUUCUACGCUGUCGGUGGGCACGAAAAUGUCACUGCGGCUGCUAAUUCUGCCAACUCCUCCCCCUACCACGCCACCACGCCCAGCUUGGUGGACCUUGGUGCACCUCAGUCUACAAAAAUACCAAACUGGCUGUGCGCCGGGCUCCGCCAGAGAAAAAUAACACUACGCGGGGUCGGCCACCCUCCGCCGCGCCACCGGUGGGCACGAAAAUAGAGCCCCUUAGCUCCUUUCCUUAAAGGGGCAAUACUCAUGGGACAAUGAGUCUUGCUGUUUAUUUUCCUAAGAAAUCUCCAAAGGAGGAUACCAAUUUUUGAGUUUUUGUAAUUCUUUUUUUUUUUUUUUUUCUUUUUUUUUUUGGGGGGGGGGGGGGGGUUACUGUGUGGUUGUGCACAUGAGAAAGCCAGCUAAGGGAGGCAGAGUCUGUGAUUUAAUGUUUAGAAUUUUGUAUAUAUCCAUCUUUCAAAUCACCCAUUUGUGUACUUGUCUGGUUUCUCUGCAAAAAAAACAUGCAUUUAGGCUCUGUAGCCGUUCCUAGAUCAUUCUGAUACUGGCUCAAUAUUAAACUAUAAAAUUAUAACAGUAACUGUGACACAUUGGCCCUAAAAAUUUUGCUUUUGUAAUGCACUGCUAUAAUUACAACACUUUUCGUGCCUUUUAGUUGUUUGGUAUAAAAAACAAAAACAAAACAAUGUGUAAGAUAUUUGCAUUAGCUUCAAAUUCAAAGUAGUUCCUUUUUACUGUUACUGCUAAUGUAAUGUGUUUUGUUUACAUUUCUCAAAUAGUUCUCAACUUGAACUCUGGCGCUGUACUCUUCUUCAGGAGUGUUUCCAGUUCAUCCUGCCGGCCCUGCCUCAUGCCAUCGACCUGCUGCGUGAGGCCACCGUCAGGGUUAAAUCCACACACGCCGCCCUGGAGCAGCUGCCCUCCCCUUCCUCUCUUAUGGGCAACACGCACGGCAACGCACACUCCAACAUGCACACCAUGGAGCGCGGCACACAGUGUGAGGAAGAGGAGGAGGAAGAGGAGGACAGGAGGAGAGGUCGCCAUGCGCACAACCACCACCAUCACCAGCAUGGCUCCUCCCACAUCACCGCGGCCGCCAUCGCUGCCAAGGUAAACAGAUGACAAGACACCCCGCGACCAGAGCAGCUUCUGGAAACUCGUUUGAUGAAACUUUAAUGAUCCCUAUGGGGGAAACUGGGUCAUUGCAGAAGCCGGCUACUGUACUAUAGAUAACUGAAGGACUUUAGUGAUCAGAAAAAAACAUAUUCAGAAGAAGUCUCAAACAUUCCUGUGGUUUUGGUCCUGUCAAGAUGAGAGAGGCUCUGUUUUAACUCCUAGUUUUCAAUGAACUUGCCUAAAAGGCUAAAGAUGUUUCCCCAUAUUAUGUCCAAAUUAUGAGGUGUUAUUCAGACCAAUCUUUUAGGUUGGUAGUGUGUCAUGUUUAAGCAUUUACAUUAAGACAUCAACCAUUUUGUGACCAUUUCAAAGCACUCCAUUUCAUCUCCCUCACCUGUGUGUUUGUGUUUGUGUGUUCCUGCCUGCAUGCAUGUGUGUGUCAGACGAGUCAUGCUGUGGUCAUGGCUAAAGGGGGUCCCUACCUGCCUGGAAACACACCAGCCCCUCCCACUCAUUUCACAUGCUCCUGUACCCAUGACCCACAGGUGAGACACUUAACACACCCUUUCUGUUCCUCCUCUGCCAUGGAUUGUUGUUCACUUCAUCACCGUCUCUGUUCUGCAAACUUGGAUGAUAGGUCACUGAGUCUGUUCUGCUCCGAGGCUUCUGAUCUUUCCCCUAAAUGCUGGAAGAAGAUUAAAGGCUAAACACAUCCUGUUUAUCCCUCUGAUUGUAGAAAUUUCAUUUCGGAGAAACAAGGAAGGAUUCUCCAGAUUUCAAACUAUCUUUCUUUGCCAUUCUGACCUGAGUGGCUCACAAGUUUUGACUGAAGUAGGACUCCAUUUAUACAAGGUUUGUUACUAGAAAAGCAGAUUGGCAUCCAUUUAAUUUCCUGUGGUCUGGUUGAAAAGCUUGGACAUUUUGCUACUGGGAUGUACAAUCAAUUUAUUUCUUAGAAAAAAAUAUUGUGGAAUAAAUCGCUCUGAGUCAAAAAACAAAACAAAACAGAUUUUGCAUAAUAGUGCAUAUUUUGAAACAGUAAAAUCUCUUCAUUUUUACAUGAAACAUUAAAAUAGUACUAAUGCCUGUGAAAAAACAAAUGGUUGAGUUAAUGCAUAAAGAAACAGUGAGAGAGAGUUUAUCACUAAUGAAAACAAAGCAGGGACUUGAGGAAAAUAACACAUUAUUUUCCUCUGCACAAAUGUGGACUGAGUAUGUUUGCUGCUGAAGUUGCUCUCUUUCCUCUGCUAUGUGUUUGACUCUGCUCCACCCUCAGUCACAGCCUCUACAUCACCAAUUCUUGGCAAAUACUGACUGUUCCUUUUCAUGUCUAAAAGACGCACACCUGUAUCACCUGUAUUUCUGUAGCAGACCAUUUGGAGAGUAGAGGAGGGAGACAGGUGUCAUUUGGUCCCUAUAUAUCUUUUAUUAGCCCUGAGCUGUGGCCUCUUAGCUGUGAGCUUCACGCCACUGCACAAAAGCUGUUAACCACAAUGGCCCUCAUUUAUCAAUCUUGCGCAGAUCUGAGCGCAGGAUUCAUCCUACGAUAGGACACACGUGAGAUUUAUGAAAGGGUUUGUAUCUGACCAAUCCCAGCGUACGUUUGGUCGGGUCUUGAUAAAUGCGGCGGCUGAAAUCGAUCGUCAUUAACGUGUUUAUGCCCUUAAAUAUUCGUGGUUCAGAAGCCUCGCCCACUGAGGUCAAACAUGAAAGAGGAGAAUUAUUAGAAAGAUGCAAAAUUUUUCCGAGCUGAAAGUGGAUAUCCUCGUGUCUGUAGUGGAAACUAACAAGGAUUUGCUCUUUGGAAGCUUCAAAACUGGUAUAAAAGCAGUCCAGAAAACUUCUGUCUGGAGCAGGAUUAUGGUGGCGCCCUGCCGCAGAAUAGUGGACAGUAGCUGAAGUUUGAAUAAAUCAUUAGUCAGUAUGUUGCUCAUGAUGAUAAAUUAAUAUCUCAUACAUGCCUCAUAUUUUUUAUCGCCAUGACAUAGGGUACGUUGCUCCUUUUAUUGAAAGUAUUCAGUUUUAAUUUGAUGCGUCUUUGUAACGUAGAGCAGACUCGAGAGUCUGACAGAGGCUGAACAAAAAUAAUUAUUAACCUCACCAAACGGUGUGUUGCUGCCCCUGAGGCACAUUUUUAUGGAUUUCUAUUGGAUUUUUAUCACUGAUUAAAUAGCAAGAGCACUUUCUAAACUUACACUUUACAUGUCAGAAUCCAUCGAUAAGGUCCUGUCUCCUCUGUACAGCACCUUUGUGGAGUCUCUCCUCGUUAUUGUUCUCCGGGCAUCGGGUCCUCACGUUGCCCCGGCACAGCCAACGGCGCUCCAUUCGCCAGAGCAACAUUGCAAAACUGUACUGGCCAAAAUGAUGUCCCACACCCUUUCAGGAGUCAACAACAACGUCCCUGUUGCUGGGCAAAGACAGAGACACCUGCCUUUAGGAGUCAUACGCAGCGCUCCACAGUGGCGCGUGUGCAUGUGUGCGUAAUGUCAAAACGGCGCUCCUGCUCUGUGGCAGUGUUUCUGGGCAGAGUUAUCAAAUAGACCUAUUCAUUAAGGACAUAACAAAUUUAUUUAUUUUAUUUCCUUAUAAAUCUUUAAUGAAAUCUGGCUGAUUGUGCGUAAUGACAGGUUUGAGGUGUGUAUAUCAAUUAUUUUGAGACAGACAUUUGCUGCACCGCAGAUCCACACUGACUCAAACUUGCGUACACGAUGUCAGACCUGUCGUGAGAUUUGGUCGUAGCGUACGCUCAUGUGCAGAUUGAUAAAUGCCGAUCCUCACGUCAAAAUUUUCAUCCGCAAGGUGUACGCAAGUUUUCUGCCGUACGCCAGCUUGAUAAAUGAGGGCCAAUAUGUCCAAAAUGAAAAGAUGUACACAGAGAGCACACUCUAUGGACAUACACAUUUACAUUACAUUUAAAAGCUUCUUAUAGAUACGAAUAACCAUUCAGAGAUGCACUUUGAUUUAGGCAUACAUUUUGGGGGGAUAAAUCUUAUUUAUUUGGCCUUUCAAACCAUUGACAGUAUAUCCAAUACUGGUUUGUGUUCAGUGAGCGGCAGUAGCUUGGAAGGUAGAGUGGUCAUCCAACAACUGUAAGGUUUUCAGUUCAAUUCCCCCCCUAUUCCUUGUUUGUCAGUUGUAUCCUUUGGCAAGACUCUUGACCCACCUUGCUCCCAGUGUGUGUCCUCCACUGGUGUAUGACUCGUAUGUAUGUCCCUGUGGAUAAAAGCAUCUGCUACAUGAACAUUGUAACAGUGCCUCUUUCUGUACCAGAAUGAUGUGUAGGCUGGAAAUCCAAAACAACAGAAUGAAUGAGUUUUAGUUUCCCAGGGUUAUUUUGUCAGUUUUUCUGGUUGCAAAAAAAGUUAAAUGUUGUGAUUUCUGCUUGUACAUCCUUAGUAAAUCCAUAACUGUUAUGAUAUAAGGAAAGAGCAUCUGGUUUAAGAAAAUAAGACUACUUGACAUUAUAUGCACAAAUCAGUUUCUACUAUGGAGUUGAACACGCUAACUCUGUAGUAUAGUGAAUUUUAUACUGAUAAAGCAGCUCUAGUUAAUACUGAAUUCAAAAUGGAUGAAAGAGUUACAGGAAAUGUUGGAAAGGUCAUAAAGCCUCAGUCACUUAUCAUCCAGCUCUGCAGUUCCCAAACUCUACACAUUUGGCCAUCUUUCAGACCAAGACUGAAGUUUAAUGGAAUCAAACUUACAAACUCGUCUCCUCAAGUGUCAUAGGAUGGUCUGUGGUUACAUUUCAAGUCAAUAGUCAAGUUUGAAGACAUAAAGGCCAGGAGUUGACACACACACAUACACACACACAAAGGGUAGAAAGCAUCCAAACCAUCUUCUUUGCCUUUCUAGCGCUCACUACCUCUGUCUUGGAGACCCACUUUCAACAACACGACAGCCGCAGAUACCACGGAGCACUUAAUUUAUUAACUGUUGUUAGGAUGUUUACAGGUUAUAUGACUUAAUAUACUGGUUCUGUGUUUCUGUGUCUAAGAGUCUGUUUCUUUACCAAAGUUUAAAGCGGCUCCAUGAAUCCAAAUUUCGUGUUGGCACAUCUUGAAUUGACGUUAAAACUGCUGAAGAAAAUUCUCUGACUGGCAUAAAGUGUGUCUGUAUGUACUUGUUUGUGUGUGUGUGUGUGUGUGUGUGUGUGUGUGUGUGUGUGUGUGUGUGUGUGUGUGUGUGUGUAGAUCCCGGACUCUAUCAUUUCCCGAGGCGUUCAGGUGCUUCCUCGAGAUUCGGCCUCUUUAAGCUCCACCCCCUCUGAGUCACCACGGGCGACACAGGCGACAUCCCGCCUUUCCACCGCCUCAUGCCCGACACCUAAGGUACACACAAACUUACACACAUGCAAGCACACACAGACUAAAUAAAAAUGACCUUUGACCUUUAGAAAAUGAGGAAUCUGCAUGAAGUUUAGAGUCUCUUCUGUUUGGUUUGCAGCAUUGCUUAGAAUGAACCUAGUGUUAAUGCAGGUGGUGGGGCAAAUAAUCGGUUUUAAAAAUCUACAAAGGACAGUUUCCACAUGAUUGGAGUUUUUCCUUAUUGCCUCGAUUCCCCAGACUUUUGUUGUCACACUAAAGUUCACGUCUCACCUAUUAUGACAAACUCCCAGUGAAAAGAGGUAGGCAUUUCAGCUCGUUAGUUAACAGUUUUCAUUUGAAUAAUUUUGGGUUUUUCUGUCCCUGUGUAACCACCACUGGUUACGCAGCGGUGGUUACAUUUCAAGGAACAAGUCUGAAGCAAUUGUAAGCAUUUGGUUUCUACCUCACAUAAGUUUACUGCCGGUUUUUCGCUCACAAGAUUUAUCCCGAUUACUCUUGAAGUAAAAGUCUCGGGACUUGUGUGGUGUUUGGAACUGAGUGGGAAUGAAUGAGAUUGUGAGAAAUAUCUUCAGCUGUUGUCCAUCAAAAAAGUCAGUUUGCAAAAUCUCAAAUAAUGCCGGAAUGUUCUCAGAGCCAAGUGUUCCCAUAUUUGUUCACAUUUAUCCUAGUCCUUACCUGUCUCAAGUGCAAAAGGAGGAAGUCUUCUGUGGCGGGAAAGUCCUUCACUCAAAAUUUUCUUUCUAUUUAAAGUUUUUUUUUUUCACAACUCUUACAGGUAGUUCUGAUCUUUUAGGAACUUGACUCUUUUAAUUUCAGAAUCUUAAUGACUAAUAGUUACAAAAAGUUUUGAAAUUGCUGCUCUUGCUUUUGUCAAGUCUGACUUGCGUGACUUUGGUGUUUUAUUACAGCAAAAACACAACAGAGUAGGUCAAGACAUCUUAAGACAAGUAAUUUUUGUGAGAUAGUGUUGUUUUUGUCAGUAGUGUUACAGCUGUUUCUGUUGAUCUUCUGACACUUCUAUAUUAGUCUGGGCCAGUCAGUGGAAAAGCAAGAUCUUUCCAAGAACUACUGUACAUUAGUGAGGCACUAGAUCCAUGAAGCUAAACUAAAGCUACAUGAAAGCUCAUUCCUGUCAGAGAAAUGUAAACAAAAAAGGAGAUUUAGCCUCAAUGAAAAGAAAAAUCAAAAUGAGUAUUGUACAAGUCAGUAUUAUCGGUAAAAAUCAAUGUCAAAACUGAGAGAAAAAAAGUCAAAACUGUGGGAUAAAAAACAAAAAAUUAGAAUUUUUUUUCCUCAUAACUUUGACCAACUUUCCUACAAAUUUGACUCAAAACUAAUGAGACUUUUGGCUUUAAAGUUAUGACUUCUUAUCUCAUGGUAAUAACUAAUUCUACUAAAAAAGACUUUUUCUUCCCUCAAAAUAAUGACCCUAACCCUUUCAUAAUUUCAACUUGAUAUGUCAAAUUAAUGACUUUUCCUAUAAUAAUGAAUUCACCUUGUUUCAUUUUUAGUGGUUAUUUCAUCAUCAUUUUGACUUUUAUGUUAUAAUUAGAACUUUCCACUUCUUAUUUAGAACUUUAAUCUCACAACUAUGACUUUCGUUUUUAAAAUUUGUUUUUUUUCCCUCUUUUUUGUGACUUUUAUUUCCUAAGUGCGACUUUUUAUCACAACACCUGUUAAUCACAGAAGUUUGACUUUCUUUACCGCAAUGACUCAGCAUAUUUUUAAAACUUUUAUAAAAGGCUCAGUCUCUGCUCACCUCAUUGUUUUUCCUGGGGUUCUUCAAUGAUCGGUGCAACUGUAGGACAUAAAGAUAACAUCUGUCAAAUUGGAAAUAUGAUACCCAUCGAAGUUAUUAUCAGUAAGGCCCAAAACGUUCAAGAAUGCUCUUUUCACACAGCCAUUGCUGCUUGAAAACACUAAAAUUUUUGAUAUCCAGAGCUUGCAAAUAACCCUUUGAGGGUCAGACUCUCCCUCUCCUUCUGACCUGUGAAGUAAUUUGUAAGUUUUGUUGAUGAUUUUUUGCAGGAAUCCAAAAAAAAAACAAAAAAUUAUGAUAAUGGAGAAGACACUUGAAAUUAAUUAGCACAGUACUUCAGUUAGUGCACUGAUUUUCCACCACUGCCUGCUGACAUCUGAUGUGUGAUUAGAGGACAGUAUAGUAACCACACACUGCUUCAUGUUUUAUUUUCUAAUCCUCCUGAGUCGUUUUGUGUAAUCAGGGAAUAAGAGACGGAGCUACUGCUGUGCCAGUUGUCACCAUCACAGCAAGAAGUCAUGUUCUUUGUAUUUCCAUGUCCUGUUGUUAGACAUUAUUUAUGGAUGAAAUCAACAUGAAAGCCUUUACUUGCUGUCUUGAUAUGAAGAAGAGGUGUUUAAAUCACCCUUCCCAUACAUUUGCAUCAAACAUUGAGCAAAUAUAGAUUAUCCUUGUGUCUCUCUCUCUGCAGGUUCAGUCACGAUGUGGCAGUAAUGAGAACAUCCUGAGAGCCAGUAAGUUCAGGCUGUGUGUGUGUGUGUGUGUGUGUGUGCCUCAUUUAUAUGCUGGUCCAACUUAGAUCACAAUGGAAAAUGUACAAACUCUUGAGUAAUGUUUAAAGGAGCAUACUCACAGUUUACUUUAACACAGAAGCUUUAAUUUUGUUUCUUUGUGUGUGUGUGUGUGUGUGUGUGUGUGUGUGUGUGUGUGUGUGUGUGUGUGUGUGUGUGUGUGUGUGUGUGUGUGUGUGUGUGUGUGUGUGUAAAGGCCACAGUGCAGUAGAUAUCAGCAAAGUUGCACGCCGUCAUCGUAUGUCCCCAUUCCCAUUGACGUCAAUGGACAAAGCCUUCAUCACAGUUCUUGAGAUGACACCUAUUCUGGGAAUUGAAGUCAUUAAUUACAGAGGUGAGUCUUUGGAAGGUAAAAUGUGUGUGUGUGUGUGCGCGUUCCUGUACUCUUGGUAGGUGCGUCGAUAUAUCUGUAUUGUGUCCAACUUGUCCACUGCUACUUUGAUUUUCCACUACUACUCAUGAUUUUGCAAAACACAGACAGAAUUGUGAAUUUGUUUUAAUGCAUUAUUGUACAUUUGCAUGCAUUAUUAUCGGGGUUAAUAAUUUGUAGACUGAAUGUGUUCUUGACUAAAUAACUAAAGUUGGGUUCAUCUUUUCAGAUGGUUUGGGUCGAGUUCUCGCUCAGGACAUCUAUGCCAAAGACAACCUUCCCCCGUUUCCUGCCUCUGUUAAAGAUGGCUAUGCUGUACGAGGUAGGACCAUCUCUGCUAUCUAUUUCUAAUGAUCAUAUAAUUAAUCGAUAAUCAUAACAUUGAGGGCUGAAAUCCAUAAGAACCCUGUGAAAUUGGACUUGAUGGGUGAUUGUGUGUAUUUGUUCUUGCUCUGAGUUUUCUUUGUUGAAGUACACUCAUUAAGAGUACACACCCACUUUUUUCACUGCACCUGAGAAGAAGUUAACUGAUUGAAAGGCAGCUUCUACAGCCUUGAAAAUAUGUCAGCAGUCACUUGUGUUGAAUGCCCUGAGGAAGACUUUUGUAAGUUGAAACGUGUUGGCGCUUUAGCCCAUUUAUUGAAGGCUUUUUAAUUCUUCAACAUAAUGUGCCUUAGUUUUUUCUGGUCAUCACUCUUUUUACCCUCAACAAUAUUUAAGUCUGACCUCCCCCCUUUUAUGCUAUCAUGAUUUUUUUCCUGAGACCUGAGAGCACCUGUGUUUGAUACUUACAAAUACGUGAAAGCAGCACUCCUAAGCCAUUUUAACUUUUUUAUUAUCUCUGUCUGACUGUUUUUUAAAUGUCCAUUGGUCUGAUGGUUUUAUCCCUGACACAACCCAAUUCUCAUUUGAAGUCUUUUAAUGUUAUGAGUCCACUAUGACCUGUUUUCACCUGUAUGUCCAUGUUUAACUCUUUGGGAUUGACUUGAUUAAAGAGAAAUCACUCAACAUAGUUUUCUAUAAUUAAACUACCCACUUUGAUUCUACUUGACUUAACAACCAUCCCCAAAUUUCACCCUAUUAACAUCAUUAUCAUCAACCUGUAGCUGCUGAUGGCCCUGGAGAUCGCUUCAUCAUGGGAGAAUCACAGGCUGGACAACAGGUCAGCUCUAAUACACUAACACCACAGUCAUAUUUAACUGUAUAUGACCUUGUACUAGCAGUGAAACUGUACAUACUUCUUCCUGUAGUCGUAGAAGUAGUGAAAAACCUGUCAUAUCAUUGUGUUUGCAGAGAUAAAGAAAAUCUACCUCUAAAAUUGUAACACGACUGACUUCGCUUUUCAUGUUGGUGUUAUACUAAAACAAAAGUAACUGUUGUUAUUACAUCCACUGGCUAAAUAAUACCUUUAUUAUGGCUUGUACUUUCACUUUCACUUUCACUGCUGUUAACCUAGUCCCAGUGCCAGUAGUGAUAAUUUAGCUGCCAGUAAUGUGACUGAUAGUUGUUAUAACAUUUUUCAACUGUUAUCAAAAGUAGUGCGUGGCUCUUCUGUGAAAGAACGGGGUGUCUUAUUUAGUUUUUGUUACGAUUCCUUUGAAAAUUUGUAGUUCAUGUCUAACCAUUUGGGAUAUUUUGGAUACCUUCAGCUUAAAGCUUUCAAUUUAUUCCAAUAGAAAUCCAUCUAGUGCACUUGAAAUGCUAUUUUCUGCAGCUUGUGCAUUGGGGGUGAGGUGACAAGGUAAAAAGAUGGAUAAUGUUGCUGUCAGAAGGUUGUUGGCAGUCUUGAAGGGGUCAGAUACUACAAGACUUACACCUAAUAGAUAUGGAGUCUGGUGUGAAACAAUGUAUCGCAGGUGUUAGAAAGAAAGAAACCAACCUUGAAACAGAAACUUAACAGAGAGGGAGUAUGACACAGCAUUUGACCUUAAUGACUCCAUUUAUGAUGCCCUCUAGGUUUUGACAGUGCUGAUACAACCUUGUCUGCCUUGUCACAUGGACUCUCAUGGUUCUACAACCUAACCAUGCAGAUAGAUGGGCCGCAAGAGCCUGGACACCACAAGGGUAACCCCCCCUUCUCUUGUCUCUCUGUAAAGUUAGGCCCACAGUGCCUCAAAGAGAGCUAGAGAGAGUCCAUGUUAGGUCCUUCUGUCUGUGUCACCCACAUGCAGCACUUCUUUGUCACUAAAUCACUAAAACUGUGCAGCUGUUCUUUGUUCUAAUACCACACAGGAAAAAGAAACAGCUUCCAAGCACAGGGAUACCGUGCUGUCCAGCUAUCAUAACCUCUUCGUUUGGUUAUUUUGGCUGCUUUUUCUUGAGAAUCUUUCGCAAACUCUGUCUGUGCACCCGCGGUUCUUCAAGCAACAGGACAUCCAAACAUGCAGUGAACCUUUUACACAUUUCUUUAACUUUCCAUCCUCUUUGUCCAACUCCUGCUGCCAAAUCUGCAUGUCUAAGCAUUUUAUCUCACACUGCCUCCUGAGGAACAGUCUGAUUAUAUAGGAAGCUACCGGCUCGCUCACAGACCGUAACAAUAUCAGGACUGGAAUUUAGUGCAGACUCUUCCCAGUGAAACUAAAGGGUUCUCUUCAAAAUCUACCUGCAUCUCCAAAUCAGUAGCACUCUAAAAAUGAUCUGAUUUGACUUGUUUGUGUGUCUUUGCAGCCCACCCAUACUGUGAUGCCAGGUCAGGUGAUGAGGGUGACCACUGGGGCUCCGAUUCCAUGUGGAGCUGAUGCUGUGGUCCAAGUAGAAGAUACAGAGCUUCUACGGGAGUCUGAGGAUGUAAGUGCAUGAUGAAAAAUGUUACUUAUAACCGUGACUUGAUUAAAUUUUAGGGAAAGGUGUGAUCAACAGGCUGUCUUUUUUUCAGGGCACCGAGGAGUUGGAAGUGAGGAUUAUGGUCCAGGCUCGACCCGGUCAGGACAUCAGGUAUGCUACAUUUAUCCUGAUUGCUAUCAAAGCUGCAUAAGUAAGCUCUUCAUGGUUGUAACAUGAUUGCGUGUCUGCACAGGCCAAUAGGUCAUGACAUUAGGCGAGGAGAGUGUGUGUUGGCUAAAGGAACGCACAUGGGCCCCUCAGAGAUUGGCCUGUUGGCUACAGUGGGAGUGACUGAGGUCAGCGUGCACAAGUUCCCCGUGGUGGCUGUCAUGUCCACUGGAAAUGAGGUACAUUCAAAUAUGUAGGUUGGGAUACUGUUUUCUUCAAAUGUUGGUCAAUAGAGGCCAGGCCCAGAUAUCAACAGAAAUAAAUGAAUGGUUUUUGGGGGAAAGAGAAACAAGGACGGGUAAACUCCUGCUGGUAUUCAUUUGAUUUGCAUAUCAGUGAAGCUCUGUAUACAAAGAGCGCACACUGUCAUUUCUUGUACUAUUUAUUGACCACAGGGUGGCAGCUGUAUUGUAUACAAACAAUGCAAAACUGAGGGCAAAAUGAUCAAGAGAGUUCUGCUGCUUUUACAGAAGCAUACCCUGUGCAAUUUAGAAAAACUGAGACCAUUUUAUCAUCAAAAGUGUGCACAAAGGGUUAAAUGCACCCCUCUGUGGACCUGCACUGUUUCAGGUAUUGUGCAUACACUCUGGACCAAACUGACCCUAUUCCAAUUCACCGCCCUGGAGCUUGUUGUCAUGACCACUUAAUGGUGCAAAAUCAUCUGCAAGUCUAGUCAGUUGUCUCCAGAUUAUGAAUUACACUUAGUUUAUAGAUUCAACAUAAUGUCAGUGUUUCAAAUCAUCUGACUCUUUUAGGGCAAAUAUGUCUCCAACAUGCAAGAGGGCUUUUGUUUCAAAACAAGUACCAGGAGCAGAAGACUUAUUAUCGUGCCUUUAACGCAAGUCUGAUAUAAUCCAAUACUUGGUUACCUCGGCAUUUUAAGUUCAACUCUGAUCAUUAAUUUAAAAGCAUAGCACAAACACUUAUUUCCACUCAAUGCUAGCAUGUUUACAUUUAUAUUUGUGUCUUGGUCAAAUCCUUGCUGAUUUAUUUUUCUAUGACUGUAGCUGUUAAAUCCAGAGGACGACCUCCACCCGGGAAAAAUCAGAGACUCCAACCGGUCCACUCUGCUGUCCACCAUCCAGGAACACGGAUACCCCACCAUCAACCUCGGCAUAGUCGGAGACAAGUAAGAGCUUUUAAGAUUUAUACAGAGAAAUGCUCAGCCUGAUGCACAGUUUGCUUGUUCACACCAGCACAACCCUUCAAAGUGCAGUCAGACUUUAUAUUUUCAAUAAAAAACAGCAUUAAUUCAGAAAAAAAUAAAUCUGAAUGCUUAGUUUUAGAAGAAAAGGUUUCAUGGCUGUAAGGGAUGCCAGACUUUUGCAAAUGAGACCUCAAGAACAGACUCAUUCUUAAAACACAAUCCAAAAAGUUUGAUGUAACCUAGACUUCACUGAAGAGUUAACACCACUGUGCUCCAGUUCUACUUGGAUGUAUGUAGAUCUGUCAUUCUGCAUACAUUUGGGGUAAAAAUGGCCUCUUCCUGUGCAGAUGAGCCUCACUCUAACAUGUCCAAACCGCAGAAUCUCAGUUUUCAAUAGUUUUAUAUUAAAAAAAACUCAUCGCAUUUAACAUCAGUCACAUUUACCUGACUGGUCCAGAAACAUUUUAAGUGGUCAUGACAAGAGAACAUUUUUGUCUUGUUACAUUUUUUCCAUUAUUCCAAUUUUGGGGGGCGUGGCAGCAAUUCGAUUGACUUUCAGCCAUUUAUGGCCAUGAUGUGCUGUUUAUAUUUUAUUGCUUUUAUUACACAGUAGGUUGUGUCAUUCUUAUGUAUGAAAUAUAAGCUUUUAGCUAAAUUUACUGUAUAUAUUUCAUUGUGCUGGGUGCAAAUCACUUGAGUUGAGACGUUUUCUUCAAGAAAUUUGCUACAUUUCAUAAUCUGAAUUCACUUGUGCGUAUACUAAGGCACCAAUAACUGUUUUAGAUAUUAGGUAGAUGUAUUUAUGACAUUUGAGAAAGAUUUUGUCUUGCCAGAAUCAACAUAACAGUUUCUACAAGCAAAAACAGCAGCACCAUAUAAUUGUUUUUUGUGUUACUCACAUAUGUACAUUUCUGGCUGGUCUUUUGUCUCACCCUGUAGAGAAAGCCACUUUCUAAUACUAGUUCUGUAAGUUUCCCAAUGUGUCCUUGUAAAGUCGAGAACGUCUUCACUCUGGACAGAUGAUAGAUUCAUAUAACAUCGUUUCGUUCCUUUUUUAUGCACUUUUGAAGGCUGUUUUCUUUUUUUCCUGUUCUUUUCUUCCUCUUCGCUUGUCUCGCUGCUAGAUGCACUCGUCGCCAUGUUUGUGUAAUUCUGAUACUAUGGCAACGAGACUCGGCUCCUAUUGGUCCACGUGACAAAAAUCGCUUCACCCCUCUGCAUAUUUGAUUGCGCGUGUGCAAGUAUCACUACGCCGCAGAAAGGAAAUAGUUCGACACCGAAACACUGAUUACUAAAAAUCGACAGGAUGACAUGAGUAGAUAUUUUUUUUUAGUACUUACUAUCAAUAGAGCUACUUUAUGAAUCACAGUUUAUCACAGAUUGAAACUCUUACCGUAUAGAGACGGUAGGUGGUAGCUCUUGUGCUGAAUUAUAAGUAAUUCAACACUCAGACUUUCGGAUGACAACAAUUCCAGAUGUGUCUGAGCCUGCAUAUGCAGUCUAUAAAUAUCACCAUUAUUAUCAAAAUCACUUUUUUUAAUCUGUGCAGGCCUGUCCAAGGCUCCACCCUGGCACAAAAUUGCUCCCUAUCUCUUCAUAUUUGGAGAUGGUGGCAAAUUAACACAAAAUAUUGGACUGAUGUGUUCAGCAGCACAGGAGAUAAGCUGUGGACAGACAAAUCCGGCUUAUGCCAGCCUUAGAUAAUUACUAAAAAAAGAUAUCUUGUGUCUGGACCAAGUUUCAUUCAACUUCUUCAACCUUUUAAUGCUAUGUUUAAUUAGGAACUCAGAGAGACGAAGUUUUACCGUCAAUCAUAACAGCAGAGGCCAACACAUCCAAACUUUAAGUCCCCAUAAAACUGGGACCUUACUUCCCAUAAUGCCUCUUGAUUUUGUCUUUUUUUUUUUUUUUGGAAAAUUCUUGCCUGAUAAAUGCUGUUUCUUUCAAACUCCUCAUCAUGUAUUACAAGCUUUCCAUAAUGAUAUUACAUCAUCAGACCCGGCCCUGCUUAACCUGGACGACUCUAACAGGAUUAUUUUCUCAGACUUUUUAAGCUCCUUCGCAGCCACAGAGAGCUGCACUCGGCUGCUGCGGUAAACUGAUGUGUCAUGCUUGCAAUUGCAGCCCUGAUGACCUGCUAUCCGCUCUCCAUGAGGGAAUCAGUCGUGCUGAUGUCAUCAUCACUUCAGGGGGCGUGUCCAUGGGAGAGAAGGUAACCCCCUCCUCCAUUUACGACUCCAAACUCUAAACUUCACUCUUUUUUUAAAAGGAUAAAUCUCAGUUACUGUAUAACAGCUGUGUUUGGCUUGAUGUUGUCUCUAUUUGCACACUUUGUUUCUCUCUGUGUUUUCUCAUCAGGACUACCUGAAGCAGGUGCUGGAUAUUGAUCUUCAUGCCCAGAUUCACUUUGGACGAGUCUUUAUGAAACCAGGGUGAGACAGAUGCUGCUUCUCUCAUUAUGUCUACCAGAGCUCUUGAGUUGGGUACCACCAAUCCUGCCUGAGCUACUAAUUCUAGUGCUGAUACUCCCUCUACAGCUACUUCAUCUUUUAACGGUUCUACUGACUCUACUGCUUAAACUCCUACUACAUCUGCCACUGCUACUUAGUCUGACCUCCUGCUACUUCAGCCUGGGUUUUCUAUCCUUUUGUGCUUACAAAAGAUCCAAAGCAACAUUCCAUUGCUUGUAAAAUCUAUUGCUGCCCUCGUACGGUGUGUACCAUUUAAAAUUAAAUAUCAGAAAUUCUGGCAUACUUGUCAGAUUUAAUAUUGGGACCACCCCCAUAAAGGUGCAACUCAGUGCAAGCAGUCAGCAACAUUCAUCUCUCGUGGGGGUGACCAACUCAGUUUUACGGUGUGUUUGAUCAUAACUUCAUUUUACGCCGGAAUAUCCCUUUAAGUUCCUACUUGAAAACUUGAGGCAACUUCAGGUUUCCAAACUCAAAAUUCAAAAUGGUUGCUUCCUACAUCAGCUGCAAAACAACUGGUGAAACAAACAAUGGUGAUUAUUAGCAACUUAGUCUUGUUUUAUAUAAUUUAAUCAAUCAGCCACACUGAUAGUAAUGUACUAGUUUUAUUUGUGGACUCGCUGUUGUGUUGCUUUCACUCAGUAUGCGGUAAUUACCCAGUAUAUCUAACAAUGCUAAUAACAACAAGGGCCACUUUUCGACUUUGUGUGCAGUCAUCACUUAUCUGAAGUCAUCCCCAGCACCAUUAUCUGUCUGCAGAGUUAGGUGAAACACACCAUUAAUGACUAUCUUGCAGCAACUACACCUCACUGGGAUUUGUAGUUUAGGCAAAAUAUAAGGAAGGUAAGAGCCAGAGGAGCCUCUGCAUUUCAAAUGACAAUAUAUUAUACUUGAGAACAAAAGUGUUGCAUUGAAUAUACAGUAGAUACUUUUUGUCCAUAAAUAGAACAAUGUGUAGCAAUAAAAUAACAUUCCAUCAUUAUACAGCCUUGUUGCAAUAAUAAAUAAAUAGGGAAGUGUCAGGGCUGUGUGAAAAUACAAAGUUUGUCUGAUAGAUGUGUUCGUGCAUCUGUGGGCUGACAGCGUAUUUCUUAGCUUCAUAAUUGAUACCUAUUUGAUGGUCUGUUGCCACGGUAUGAGAAAUUUCAUUCUUGUCAUCACAUUAUUGCCUGGUGUCAUAUAAAGACGUAUUAAUUAUGUCUUUGUAAUGUGCAUUGAUACCUUUUUUGUUUUUUCCCCUCUUGUCUUAAAAAUUGGCUGAUACACAUUGAAGCUAUAGAAUUACUGUAUGAGCCUCAAAACAUUUAUAGUUUUAACACUAUCUUCACUUGUUAUGUGAUUUUUCUAUCUUUGACACGAGUCUCAAUACUUUGUGUUCAAUUCUGUCAAGUAAAGCAAGCUUUGAUAUCACCUGUUCAUAACUAGAGCUCUCGCUUUACUUCUGUCUCUUCUUCCCCCUCUACUAUAAUGGCUGGUCCUUUUUUCACUACUGUCUUUUUUCACUACUACUGAAGUACUAACUCUGACCCUCUCUGACCCCCUCUAAUGCUGCUUCUAAUGUGUCACCUCCUUAGUACUGUUUCCCUACUCUUCAGUUUAACUCUUAUUUGUGAUACUGCUGUUAUUUUUCAUCUGUAGUUGCUCUCCAGCUUUUUUUCUGCUACCAAACCUAUGUCACUACUUUUGAUCAUACUGUUAUUCAUAACAAUUGCAGUAGAAGCACAGGCCCCUAUACUGUAAUGGUAUCAAGAUGAAAAAAAAAACAGCCUGUGUCUCUGUUGUUUAGUCUUCCUACUACCUUCGCCACAGCUGACAUCGAUGGAGCAAGAAAACUCAUCUUUGCCUUGCCAGGUAUGACAUACGUGUGAGGAAAGUAAGAAAAACUUUAUUAAGUGUGUGAAUGUGUUUUUUUUAUUUUUUUAGUGUCACUGUAUUUAUGUCUCCUAAUUUUCUAACCCUUGGAUCUUCUCCGACACCCUCUGUGCUUAGCCCUCAGGAUCUCAUUUGGUGGCUACUUUAAGUAGUCAGCAGGUACAAAAAGUUAUCCAAAAAAUGAUAGAUGUUGAUUCAGGACUGUUGAGCAAGGUCACUCAAGUUUACAGCAGGUAAAAUCACGGUGUAGUCACAUGCAUGGGUUAUAUGGGUGUGCAGAAACAUGUCAUCAAAGACAGUUGCAAGAAAUACACAACAUUUUGGUGCAAACUCACAGAAAACACUCUUUUGAUUUGUGAAAUCAUCUGGUAAAUCUGUGUUUUGUUGUUGUCCAGGUAAUCCAGUGUCCGCAGUGGUGACGUGUAACCUGUUUGUGAUUCCUGCUCUGAGAAAAAUGCAAGGCAUACUGGACCCAAGACCUACAAUUAUAAAAGCUAGGGUAAAACACAAUCACACAUUCACACACAAAUCUACACAAAAGGUACAUGAAGCAGAAAUGACUGUGUGCCUUUAACUUUGCUUUUUAUUUAUGUGUUGAUAAAUCUAACCAGACAACAAUGUUUUAAAACAGUUUGAACCCCCAAAAUGUGACUUUCUAAAGUCAUAACAUCCACAUGUGGUACUUCAGUAACAGUUUUUUGUGUGUUUGUUUUAGCUUUCCUGUGAUGUGAAGUUAGAUCCAAGACCAGAGUAUCACCGCUGUAUUCUCACCUGGCAUCACCAGGAGCCACUGCCCUGGGCACAAAGCACAGGUAAAGGUGUCUGUGUGUGUGCAAGAAUCUGGAGUGUGUGUCAGGAUACAGAGGAUUCAAUAAACAAUAUUUUAAUCUUGUAAGCAGUUCCCAGGUCCAAGCUGACACCACAUACUGUAUGUACAUAGGUUGAAAAAGACCUUGAGUUGGGUUGUUAACUGAUAUUCAUGUGAUGAGGAAGAGAGAAACAGUUGGCUACAGCUCAGUUACAGUCAUAAACCACUGAAAAUAACACUUCUUUAAAGUUCCCUAAAGUCAGUGGCCUCAAUCAGUUAACAAAGACACUGACUUCCACAACAAUUAAUCAGUUGAUGCUGUUCUUGUGAGCUGACGGAGCUUUUGCUCUUCUUUCGUGAUUCAGAUCAUUUGAUUCGGCAUGAACCAGCUCUUUGUACUAGUAUAAGUACUAUUUUGGCACUCAGAUAUUGAUGUCGAGCCAAGGUACUUAACCCUGAUAAGACGAGUGUCCCUGACCUGAACAAACCUUAUCCUCACCUGCACCCUGAUUGGAACCUUUAGGACUUAUUCGAUAAAUAUCAAAGCGCGUAUCUUACAACAUCUGUAACACCAGCUUUUAGAGAUGUUCUCGUCUGACACCUACUCCCCAGCUGAGCGUAGAGAACAUACGUAGGGUAGCCCAAUAAAAUAAAGGGGUCCAAUAAAUCCUUUAUAAGUCUUAAAACUGCCAGUUUGAGAAAAGCUGGUUGUUCCAUUGAAGAACUCGCCAACUCUGCAAUCAAAGAAAAAAACUGAAAAAUAGAAAUGGUUUUUGUGAAGUGAACACUGAAAACAGAUCAAAAUAUUGAAAUACUCCAGUGUAUGGAGCUGUGCAUUGUUCAUCCUGACUUUUUUUCUUUUAUACAGAUCUUAAACUGUCACAGAUUUACCGUUAUCACAAUAAUGUGAUCACAAUAAAAUACAAAAAGUUUACAGAGAUGUUAAAAUUCAUGAAAUCUCUCACACAGUCAGCCUGUUGAUUUAGAAAAGGCUGUUUGAACCAGAACUGCACUGUUUACUUUGUAGUAGGUCAUGGUCAGGAAUGAAUGGAUACCCUUCAGCCAAUCAGAGGAGAAUAUUCACCGAGAUCAUGGUGUGUUCAUAUUUGAAGAUGGGUUAAACAUGCCUCCUGUUUUCUGCCUCAAUUCCUGUAGGUAACCAGGUAUCCAGCAGGCUAAUGUCAAUGCGUAGCGCCAAUGGUCUGCUGAUGUUACCUCCCAAAACAGAGCAGUAUGUGGAGCUGCACAAAGGAGAGGUCGUGGACGUCAUGGUCAUCGGACGGCUAUGAUGCAGGUGCAGUAUACUGUUAAAGAUGUAUCUUCACUUAUAGACUCCGAGGACACCUGUGCAUAGGGGACAUAGGAUAUGAAAGAUACAGUACAAUUAUAUGAUAUGAUGAUGUGAUAUCUGCUAACACAUCAACAACUUAACGAUAAUUUCCAAACAAAUUAUCGUUAAGUUAACCAUGUGCUCUGGUUAGAGGAUGGGGUAUAACCUUAAUCCUGCAGCUUCUCCAGUCUGAUCACCUCUGUGCAUGUCUUGUUGCUAAAACAAGUCACCAGCUCACCAUGUCAGGGGUAUUUUGGCCUUACUUAUCUACAACGGAGGAAAUAAAGGCGUAUUAGCCACCAUGAUCCUUACAUACCUCUGACGCUGACCCAUUCUCUCCACAGACUUCAACGUCACUCGCUACCGAUUACCAUGGCAGUGCCAGGACUUCCUGUCUGGACAGGAAAUGAGCGGGGGCAGGAAGUGAUGCAUGUCUACCUGGUCGCCAUUAGCUGUGAUGUCAUAUGCAACAGCCAGUCGGAGCCAGCGAAGGCUGAGUCCUCAUUGGUCUGCUUUGAGGAGAUCACUGUAUUUCAAUUGAGAAAAAAAUGUGAAAAAAAUAUAUAAAAUACGAGAUUUAUUCUGUAUUAUUAUUAUUAUUAUUAUUAUUAUUAUUAUUAUUAUUAUUAUUAUUAUCCUGAUAACAAUGAUUAUUAAUAUUCUUAAUUAAUAUUCUAUUUAUUAUAAUUAUCAUGGUUCUGACUGAAUAUUAUCAUCUUAGUAGUAAUCAUGCCCUCUUCUCCCCUGUUCAUUUGCUUUGUGCGUUUGACUCUUUUCCUGGUAGUUAUAGAGAAAUAGAGACUUUCCCUCCUUCCUUCACUCCUCCUUCCUCACCUUCUCUCUUCCCUUCUUUCUCUCUUCUUCUUCUUCUUCUUCUACUUCUUUUCGAUAUAGAAACUCCUUGAUUACCUCUCCUUGCACUACCACCACAUCUGCUCCUGAAACACACUGACCCUUACAUCAGUAUUGACAGAUAUAUAUGAACUAAAGACUUUUAAAGAUAUCUUUUGAUUAAAGCUGCUGAUAUAGUUUGUGCCAGUGCAGAAAAUAUUACCCACUUGGGGGAAAAAAAAGGAAGAAAAUACCAAGACAAGUUCUUUUUUUCUUAGUUGUUUUCAAAAUGUUACACGUUGAAACCAUCCUGAGACACUAAAAGUCAUCAUUACUCUCAAUGAAAGCCAUUCAACUCUGAUAGGUGGGUCAGUGGUCAUACUGGAAGUGUUCCUCUGGUCCUUACAACAAAUAUUACUGCUUUUAGAAAAACAAGAUGAUUUCUAAUCAGAGAUAGGAUGCAGAUUGAUUAGUACAACUCUAACCCUGCAUUCAAGUGCUGUUUAAGGUUUACACCAUGAAACACAAUCAACACUUGUUACAAUGAGGCGGUCUUUUGUAUAUGUGCCACACUAUCAUGAAAGGAUAAUGCUUGUGAUAUUUCAUAUUUCUCUGUCACCCGAAUCCCAUUCAAUGACCAGGAACCACAGUCCUAAACCAGUGGUCUCCAACUUUUUCGAGUCAUAUCCUACAUGUUCACGGUCCAGCCCCUGCAGCAUCACCUACAGACAUCAUGCAGCAAACAUGCUGAAACGAUUCUCACAGAUGAUAUAACGAUGUAACAGAAAAAACAUCACACAGUGAAAGAAAAUUUUAUUUACUUAUUUUUUAUCAACAACUUUCCGUCGACCCUCAGAAAUGACGUCUUGACCCUCAUUGUGUAAGGACCUCAAGUUUAGGAUCCCUCUCCGUAACACCCUGGCUCUGUAGUUUUUAGCAAACGUUUGUCAAAAAAUUGAAACGUACAUUUUUAGGGACUGCCUUUGUGUUUAUGGACAAUACAUAUUCAUUUGUUUUACUCAAUAUCUCCGUAGGCACAAUAAUUUAUGGUACGUUGAGUCAAAAUACUUAGGUAUAUUUAAAUGUUUGUUGGUUUCAGUACACACAACAAUGCAGAAAAGAAAAACUGUAAAAUGUAUUUACUAUUAAAACGGGUCUAUCAGUUAAGGUAUUGUAAAUAUACUGAUACAAGUGGUUUACAAGCAGGCAUGGGGGCUGCGACCUGAUCUGCUGCCAACAUAUUUGUACGAGCAGAGUUCAUUUUCUUGUGUUUAUCUUUAAGAAUUUUUGUCAUCACAGAGGUCAGUUACCCUGUGAAUCAAUUGGGACUCCCACAAAACUUGUACAAACACUGAUUAUUGCAAUUUCAACUCCUCAUUGGGCUCUGGGCAAAGAGCUGAGUUGCUGCUUAUAUUUGCUCUUCAGUUUAAAGAAAUGUCUGGAAAGUGUUAAUGCACCACCCUGAACUUUGCACCAUGUUGUAUUUUGUUGAUUUUGUGGUUGUAAUGCACAGGUUAGGAGUCUUUGACCUCCCCUUACUUUCUUUGUCUUAUUGUCUCUUAUUUUGGUUUUCCCACCAAACAAACCAACAUUAAAUUAACUUUAACACUUUGUGCACAUUGACAAGAUUGAAUUCAGUCAUCCAAAGUCUGUGAUCAGAGCUGUAUCCAUAUCAACGGUCUGCUCUUCAUAGCAGUGGUUUGCCAUCAAUAAAUAACACCAUCUGUGAGACUUGAAAUGCACCAAGUUUAAGUAUGAUCUGUUGGUUUUGGUCAUUUGAUGGGAUUUGUUAAAUUGUAGAAACAUAAAAUAUCAUCAGCCUUAUAUGUUCAGUAGCCAAAGAUGAAUGACUCUACUCAAAUGGCCAAUCACCCAUCUUCAUCUUUUUGUCAUGUCAACGAACAUGAAGGAAAAUAUCAUUUGACUGAGCUGUGAAAAACUUCCAAGUCAGCAUCACUUGAAAGCAGGGUGUUGUGUUCAGGUGCUCGUAAACUACACAACUGGAAUCUUUCUACCAUGACAGUGUAAAGGUGCUUGAUAAAGUCAAAGAAAAAAAAAAAUCUAAAUCAUACAACUGCUUCUCUCUCAAUGUGCUGUUUGUAGUCAGAGCUAGAAAACCUUAGGCUGAGUUUACUGUUAGCAUUAACAAGCUAGUAGGCUAGUGUCAUCCGGCUGAAGAAACACCAAACUGAAAUUGUUUACCAAUCAAAAAGGACCAUUCAAAUGCAUCAAAUGCAAUCUGUGAUUCCUGAGCAUUCACCAAUGCACCAUACCUUAACUUCUGACACCCCUCUGAUUCUUCCAUCAGUGUGAUCAGUGCCAAACAAACCCACACAGGCAGAAGUCCAAUGCUGCAAUCAAGUCACACAGGAAAGACUGGUACAUAAUUGAAAUUUUUUUUUGGUGGACAUUAAGUUGACCUGAUAGUUUUUUGUUUUUUUUUUCUGCACAUGUGGCUUGCUCAUGAUUAUUCUCAACCACCCCUUUAGUUAAUUUCCAGAUCUGAAGCUCAUGUCUCCUACAUUUCCCAUAUGACUUGAAUGCAGCGCAAGCAGAACUUCUGAACUUUGACCCUCUCCUGUCCUCAUAGGCUGAUACAGUCUUCCUGCACACCUUCCAACAUUUCUACCCUCCCCUGUCAUCUUCCUCUUCUCCCCCCCACUCCAUACUUCUCCUCCACUCUUGCAUGCCCAUGAAAAAGAGGGCGUGUCUUUUUCUUUGGGCAGGUGUCACUUCCAGGCGUGAGACCAGAGGUGCAGCACCUGGGUGGGGUUUUCUGAUCUGAUGAAAUGAUGUCUAUAUCAGUUCUUGAUGUGUUUAUUGGUUAGACAGAGGGAGGCGUUUUGGUACCAACACUGUCUUCUUGUGUAUUCCACUAAUACAGAUGUGAGAAACUUCCCAGUUACCUCAAAUGCACCAUGAAUCUAUCUGUGAGUGGCCUAUGCUGUGUUUGAGUCAUGUAGAUGGAAUGAAAGUGGAGUUCUGCAGAAGUUAGAAAUCUACUCUUAAAAAUCUGCUUAAAUCUAGGGUUUUCCACCUUCUGUGUUCUGAUGCUGUUAUUUACAGUGAAAUUAUUAUGACUUGAACACAGCAUUAAAACACGUCCUGACACCAGCCCAAGGAGAACAAGUCAAACCCAGAUAGAUCCAUUUGAGUGAGAAGAAGCAGGUUAUUGUUAAACUGCCUUUGUACUGAGUGAUUCGUAACACUGGACUGAACUCAGUGUCACACUGCACACACUAUAAACUAUGACCAGCACUUGUAAUGAAGCAAUGACACAGCAUUCUACUACUACUGUAAAAAUAUAAUGAAGAGGAUGUUUUUUUCUGUAAUGAUAUUAUUGAAACUGAAGAUGAAUUAAUAAAAAUAAUCCUGAUUAUUCUGUACACACUGUCAGGUCAUGUCAUUUUAGCUGUAUCCUGUAAGGUUUCAUUAUUUUUUACAAAAUCCAAAGGUUUUUUUUUUUCAGAAUGAGGACUGCAUUUCCAGCAUCGACUGAAGAUGUGCCCACAGAGCGCAUCUAUUGUAAAAGCAAAUGAAUGGACAUUGUGCACAAGGCAAACUACUGUGUUCCAACAAAAAAAAUACCUUUUCUGUACAACAUGAUAAUCUUGUUGAGACAACUUAUUGUGUGUGCAAGACCUGUGAUCUUUGGGAGCAACUUCAUGGUCUUGUCUCCUUAAUGAUAUUGUCUACAAUUACCUCAAGACUUAUCUCAUGUACAGUUGUUAUAAUUUGUGUGCACAGGACAUGAAAUCUUUCUCAGGAGAUGAUGUUUUUGUUAUUUUAUGUGUUAAGUUCUUGUUUAAAAAGGUUAAUAUGUUGUGUGCACCAGUGUAAACCAUGGCAGCUAUUUUAGAUUUAGUCUUAGUCUUUGGACUAAAAUGUCUUUUUGUUUUUUCACAUUUUAGUCAUAUUCACCCUCUGUAGGUUUAGUCUAGAUAUCGUCAAUUACAGAUAUUACAUUUUGGUCAAAAAUCCAAGUCAUUUGUUUUCUUUCUUCGAGCUGAUUCAAUUAAUCAGAAUUUCUUAUCAAGGUUGUGCUCGUUUAAAUUUGCCAUGUUUCACUCUCUUUACUCUACAUACUUGUGUUACAUCUGGAUUUCUUACCUUAAUGAUGGUUAAGUUCAUGCACCCCUUAAAGGGAACAAGAUGUGUUAGAUAGUUAUUUGUUAGUUAUGUCUUGUGUGCACAUCAUAUUUACUCAUUCCUUCAAACUUCAUAUACUAUAAUAUGCGCAUAUUGUCUUAUGAGACCAAUUUGAAUUAUCUGAGGCCUGCUGUCCCUACGAGUGUUUUGAUGAUCAUCUUCUGGAUAACUAUCAAGUCAGCCGUCACCCUGUUAUUGUGAUUGUGGCUACUGAACUAGACAGAGAAAUACAGAAUAUUUAGACUGUUAAAAUGGCAACUUCCUCAAACUUAAAAUGAUGUAUCCCAUUUCAUUAGGCGUUUUUUUCAAAUGUAAACCCAAAGACUAUUGAAGACUUUUGGUUUGCAUGAAUAUAUUUUCUUUCCUCAGUUACUCAUGGGUAAUAUGGAGCUUUUUCAGGAUAUUCUAUUAUUUUUUUUAGGUGUACAUGUAGUUUUGUUGCCAAUUCCUGUAAAACUAUGAAGGUGACGUAAGACAUCUGUGUCU